AAUUCGCAGGUGAAAGCGGUUGGCAGCAUUGUUUAAAAGUCAAAAGAAGUGUGGCUUGUUGACAAAUCGCUUUGGCGUAUUUUAAACCCGCAAAAUCGGGAAUUAACGCACCGCAUCCGCACCGUGAUCAAUCAAAGCGACGGGGAUCGGAACACGCACCGCCCCGAUCGCCGUCCGCUCCGCUGUCAACGCUUCCGCCACCGAACCGCGACGGGACGCGGCCAAAACGCCAAUUGUUGUACGCUUAGGAAUCGCGAUGAGCGUUCGCAUGUCCGUGCGUAGUUCGAAUAUGCGCCGGACAUAACCUCAGUUCGUUGUGCGUGCGUUUGUUUACGGGCAUGAAGGCCAGGUGGGUGUCUUGGCGCUUCUGCACUGGCUGACGGGUCGGCGAGGGUGGCAGGAUGGGGAUCGGCCCCGGUUCGCGUGUAUAAUGCCAAUACUGCACGUAAACAAUGCCCAUAACGUUGUUCGGUCGAAAAUGAGCGAGGACUUUACUGACAAUGCGAUAGUGAGGAAUUCGAAUUGCCUUAAAUACCUGGACGAGAACCACGACAGUCAGACGGACGACGAGGACCUAAACACGACCUACGAUCAUAUGUACGCGUCGAACAGCGAGAACGACGACGUUGGCCCCGAUGCCGAGAACUGUCAAAACACCGAAAGCGAGGUUAAGUUCCUCAAACAGUGGCUCAUCCUGCAUCUCGAUCUGAUACAGCAGCAAAACGACGAGAUACUCGACAAAGAGAACCAAAUACACAUCCUGCGCAAGGAAAAUGAAAUGCUAAAGGAGCGCAUAAACUGCAUGGAAAAAGGCACCCCCUUCCGGCCGGAGAAGCACAGUCAGCGUUCGAUCAAAGCGGAGGAGGAAGAGGAGGACGAGGAGGCGGCGUACCGCCACCUGACGCCGGCCGCAUACGCGGAAGAUAUGACCCAGGACUCGUCGCCGUACGAGGAGGAGGACAACAAAGACAACAUCGAACUGCUCGACCUGGACAAUUGUUUAAGUGGCGGCGGUGGUGGUGGUGUUGUUGGUGUUGUUUGUGCGCCCGCCGCCGGUGACAAUGGUGGCGCGACUGCCGCCCUUCUAGACGACGUGCAGAAGGAGGCGGCGCCCGUGGACGAGGCCGGCGAUAGUGUGCGGCCGUUGGACGGCGACUACGAACGGAAACGGGACAGUUUCAAUUUCACGUUCGAGAACUGCGACUUCGAUCCGAUGAAAAGUUUGAGGAUGAGCAUCCGAAGGAAGCGGGUUUACAGUAAUUCGUCGGCGUUUUCGAACAACGAUUCGCUGAACGACGACAAAAGUUUCAGGCGCAUGAAGAAGAAGCGGCGGCGCGUGCCGAAGGACACGGGCAUCGUGACGACGUCGCAGCCGUACGUUACGCAGGUCGGCGAGACGAACGGUGUGCAGUCGGAGCUGGACGCCACCUCGGAAUCUUCCUGUAAUCUGGAGGUGCCGAGGUGGAGGAUAAAGCACUACGUCAGUUGUUAUACAAUGGAGGGUACAGAGAAUCUGGACGACGAAGUCUACAAUAAACGUCACAGUAGGUUAGAAAUAGAUGAAAGGCGAAGAAAGAGGUGGGACGUACAAAGGAUACGAGAGCAGAGGGUGAUUGAGAAACUGAAGCUGCGCCAAGAGAGGGUGGGUUCCGGUGCCAAAACGGAGGACCAACAGGACGCACUUACGUCGUUGUGGCCUUUCGGCGAGGACGUCAAGUGCAUUGAGGUGUUCGAUGAACUGCCUGUUUGUGCGUUUGGUGCCCCCAUUCCCAAGCUGCAUCCCAGUUUGGAGCAGAAACGGACGUGGAAUAGCGCAUCGAACAGUCCCGUCUUCAAUAACACAACAGAAGAAUUCUCAUUGCCGUGGCUGACGAACCCGACGUUGGCGAACAAACAGACGAGCAGCAAGAAGUCGACGGCGAGAAGAAAAGGCUCGAGAAGAUAAAGACAGUUUGCCUCCUACAUGAUGUGUACCUGCUAGAGGUUUCAUUGAACAAUCACAAGUAUUGAACUCUCGUUGUAUAUAUAUAUGAUAUAUUUAUUAUUUAUGUUUAUAAAAUUGGGCAAACCUCGAUAAAUUAUUGGUUUUUAAAUUAAUUUUUUUUUGGCCGGUGUGAUGUUUGAUCUCUUUCUCUCUCUCAUUUGAUGAAUUUCGUGGGUAAACUCUCGAGUCUUCGCCAUGACAAUGUUUUAUUGUUUUAGUAUUUGGUAAGAUAACCCUUGGAGUCAGAUGUAGUUAUGUUUUAUUUCGUAUAGGUGAUAAGUGAAAUUAUUAUUUUAGGAUUUUAAUAGUGUCUUGGAACUGAAUGUCGCUGAACAACCCUGUACUUAUAUAUAUAUAUAUAUAUAUAUAUAUAUAUAUAUUUGCGAUUAAUUUGGUUAGUUAACAUGUGAUUUUUGGUAUGCAAUAUUAAUUAAAAGAAUCUCAAUAUUCUGUGCGACAUUCGGAAAUAAUCAGACAUGAAUAUUAUUUUAAGACGUAAGUGUACAGAGUGUCCCAGAACUAUGAAUCUAUUAGCGAAAUUGUAUUGUUACUUUUUAUAAAUAUAUAGCUCCUAUUUAUGUAUAAUAGCUUAGCAUAAGUUUCACGAGAUUGUGAUGAAUUUAAGUUGUAAAUAUAUGCUGUUUAAUAUUAUCUACCAAAGAAAAUUUAAUGGUGUAAAGUUUAACGAAAAACCACUCUGUACAAACAUUUUUAAAAUUCAAAUGUGAUAAAAGCUAGGAACAAUAUGAUAUUGCUUGUUUUUAAGUAGGUAGAUAUUUAUUUGAUAAACUGCAUACUGAAACUAAUAACAGAAACCAGGAAUACUUAGUUAUAGGUAACACAGAAAACAAACCCAGUUUAGAUAUGUAUAUUUUUGAUGAUUAUGUAUUGUAAUUGUUAAGGCGUUUAGGUUGUAAAUCAGGUUUAAUCAAGAGCCUGUGGAUAUACCAAACUAGAUUAUACUAUUUCUAGUCAUUUUUGUUCUGUUCACUUGAGCUGCUUUCCUCCCAAUUUCACACCCACUUUACUCCACAAUUCGUUUCUGUUUCAUUUAAGUGCAUUCCAAGCUUCCUCUUUUCGUUUUAACAUUUUUAAUUAAAUCGUAAUGCAUUCCAUAGCUAGUUUAAGAUGUCCAUUGGUUAUCUUAUUUGUGAGUGUUCGUUUUUUACUUCUGUACCAUAAAAAUAUGGUAAGAAAUUAAUAUAGACUGACACUUUAUCUGGCGACGAUUUUAUGGGGGCCCGCUUUUAAAUUUGUAGGCCGAGUUAUUUUUAUAGCAACGAAAACGUGUCCCCAAAAAAUUGGGCCACUACGAAGUGGAAAACUGACACUUUUUUCCUGUAGUUUUGUGUUGGAAAUACUUUAAUAAAUGAAUGUAAUUUA